AAGUAAUAACUAUAAUAAUCAACCUUUUUAACUCAAUUCAAAUAGUUGAAUUACAAUUUUGGGUUAACAAAAAAAUUUAGUACAUGAGUAGCGAGUAUAGAUGCUUAUAAUUACAUGUUACUACAACUAGAUACAAUUCGUAAAAAUUAAAAAAUAGUUAAAUAAUAUUAUUUUGAUUGUUGUCUAUUAUUCGUGUAAUUAAAACCUGUCCAAAAAAAUAGCGAAAAAUAACGAAUUAUAUUACCCAUAAAGCAUAAUAUUUCUAAAUAAUAAAAUAAAUAUUCAAUAACAAUUCAUCGAUAUUAAUAAUAGCAGUAAAUCAAUAAGUAUAAUAAAAAAAAAAUACCUAGCAUAAAAAUAAAGAUAUAAAGUAUAUGCUUUGACAGCAUUUCUCAACGCGCCGCCUUGAAUUUUGUACUUCGGGUGACGUCAGUAGAUAAGGAAUGGUGCGGGGUGAUCGAUUUAUUUACAUGACUAUGAGGCAACCUCUAUUAUCUAUAAACCUUGCUAAGCACCUUACAUUUGAAACAGUGUAUAUUGUUUACUCGGAAUUCUGCACAUUUUGUCUUUUAUUAAACUUAUCCAGAACGACCACAACAGGUGGGUUCAAAAAUCUAUAAAUAGUAAUUUAUUAUUGUUGUUAUUUACAAAAUUGACUAGAGUGAAUAUAGCUUUAAGAGCGCGAACACACUGCCCGUCUCACCCGCAGUGGUUAUAAAUCGUCCUAUUCGAUAAAUGUAUAAACAAAGAUAUAAAUAAUAAUAUAACCGCAGUCUGUAGCGAGGGCAGUCAUCAUCCAAGAUCCAACAUUCAACAGACGAAUCAGAAACUAGAAAGUGUCAUUAUUAUUAUUUCAAGUAUUUAUUUACACUGUCUGUUUAUCGUGUGUUACAAUUAUGAAGCGAUUUCUAACAAGUUCAGUGAAUUAUCCAAAUAAGAAAAAUGAUAAUCUAUCAAGUUCGAAUGCCACUGUUGUACCAAACAACGAAAUUAUUGACGAUCCUACAUCAGCUACAACGCCUACAACUACCGAUAUUAUCAAGAUUGAUCAAAAGAAAAAUACGACUGAUGUUGAUAUGUUAUUUUCAAACCACUAUUUAUUUGAUGGACAAUUUUAUAGUUUUACAAGUUGAUGAGAAAAGACUAACGGCUAAAUGUCAAACAUGUUCCAAAACCAUACAGGGUCAAAUCAAUUCAACAGGGAAUUUUUUAAGUCAUAUUAAGUAUAAGCAUUCAUCAAUAUUGACAAAAUUACAAAAGAGCAAAGAGAAAAAAAAAUCAAACAUUACCAUAUCAAAUUCAACUGAUUCAAAUGUAAGCGACAUGUCAUCAUCAACAUCAUCUAAUCGCCAGUCACAAAUUCAACUACAAUUGUGCCAGUUAAAGAAAAUAUCUAAAAAUAAAAUUACUGACCUAGUCUUUGACUACAUAGUACAAGAGAUGAGACCACUUGCAACUUGCCAGAAACCAUCCUUCAAAAGACUUAUCAUGGGCCUUGCUGGAAUUACAGAUUCUGCUUUACUUCCCAACACAAAAGUUAUAAGUAAAGAAUUACAUUUAAGGUAUAAUUCCUAUGUUACAAUGUUGACGGACUUAAUAUCAAAACAAACCUAUAUAUGCACAACAGCUGAUAUAUGGUCGUGUAACAACAAAAGCUAUCUAGGAAUGACAUGCCAUUUUCUUGAUGAGAAUACUUUUAUCAGGCACUCAUACAUACUAGGUUGCCGGCGAAUAAAAGGUAGUCAUACAUAUAUAAAUAUAGCUCAAGUUUUUAGUACAAUUACCCAAACAUUUCAAAUAAAUAAUUCUAAAAUUUCACAUACUGUAACUGACAAUGCCACAAAUUUUGGAAAAGCAUUCAGAAUUUUUUCCACCCCCACAAUUGAAAAUAAUAAUCAGGUUAUUACUACUAAUAGUAAUUGGUUUAAUGGUACUAGUGAAUCAUCAAGUAGCGAAAAAAGUGAUACUGAUGACGAGGUUGAAGAUACGAGUGCUGAGGUUGAAGUUGUUGAUGUAACAAAAUUAAUUUCCGAUUUCACGGUGUCAAAUUCAAACGAUUUUGAAGAUGACAUAACUUUGCCAAACCAUUUGACCUGCUCUGCUCAUACAUUAAGCUUAAUCGCUACUACUGAUGUGGCAAAAAUUGGAGAUAAGGCAUAUAAUAAUAUUUCCAAGGCUAUAUUUGCAAAAUUAAAUUUAUUUUGGAACCUCUUAAGUAGAAGCUCAGUUGCGUCGGAUAAAGUAUAUGAGAUAUGCUGUUGUAAGUUCCCUGUACCAAUUAUAACUAGGUGGAACUCAAUGUUCCAUGCAGUCAGAAAAGUUGUGGCUAAUAAGGAAAAAUUGGGUGUUGCCUUUGAUAACCUAAAAUUAAAAAAAAUCGAAACUUUGGAGUGGAGUUUUCUUGAGGAAUAUUGUUUUGUUAUGGAGCCUCUAGCCACUUCACUUGAUCUAUUACAAGGUGAAAACACAUGUUUUUUAGGGUAUGUUGCACCCACUAUAAUUGCUUUAAGAUUGAAAUUAAUUCAAGCAACGCAUUUAGUUUAUUGCAGGCCAUUAGCAUUUUCAAUAGUUCUUAGUCUUGAAAAAAGAUUCAAUUAUUUGUUUAAUUUAGAGCUUUCUAAAAGCAAACCAUUUAUUUUAUCUGCCAUUAGUCUCCCUAAAUUCAAACUUGGUUGGGUACCAGCGAGGCAUUUAGAAAUGUGCAAAAAAUUAUUUUUGUCAGAAUGUAAUUUAUUAAAUAUAACUGAAAAUAAUUUUGAUAUGAGUAAUGAAUCUGAUGAUAGUGAAUGUAGUGACAAUGAGUUUUAUGACAUUCUUAGUGGAGAUGGCUCUGUUCAUGAUGUUAGACCUUUAAAAAGUAAUGCUAAAAGUACAAAUCUAGCAAGUGUACAAGCGCUUUCUUAUUUUGAUACAAAAAAAAAAGAUUUCAAUAUUUUAGAUAUGUUACCCAUUGUUAAAAAAGUUUUCCUUAAAUACAACACGACUCUACCAUCAUCCGCACCAGUUGAAAGAUUGUUUAGUAGCGGUUCCCAAAUAUUGACUCCAAGAAGAAACCGUCUGACAGACAAAACAUUUGAAAUGCUGUUGUGUUGUAGAUGUUUGAAUAAAUAAUAUAUUAAUGUAAUAAAAUAUAGUAUAUUGAUAUUUGUUGUAUCUUUAAUGUUAUAAAUAUUAUAUUUAUAAAUAAUUCAUAUCACCUGUGUAUAAAUUAUAUUAUUAUUAUGUCAUGACUCAUGAGCAUAACAUAAAAUAAAAUAUUCUUUUAUUUAUUGUAUAGUAAUAGUAUAUUAUACUUAUUCAAUGUACAUAGUAUGCAUGGUAUUAGUUAAAUUUUAACUAAUAACAAUAUUUUUUUAUCUACUAAUAUAAAAUACUAAAAUAUAUAUAGUAAAACUGUUGUGAAGGUUUAUAAUAAUUAAAAUUGACUGUGAUGAGUCGUGUAAAAUAUGUAGUUUUUUUCUUGUUAUUUAUACUUAAUUUUAAAAAUGUUUUUUCAGUUAUACUUUAGUUAUUUAUUAAUAAUAAUGUCUACUACUAAAUUAAUUUACACAUAUAGCCGGUGUUUAUAUAAUAUUGGAGUACUAAGUAGUAUCAAAGGUGUACUCUUUAAAUGUUUUGGAUUUCAAUGUGUUAAAACAAUUUAUCUUUUUUUUUAUCUAGAUAAAAAUGUAUUUAUCUUUUAUCUUUAUCUAGAUAUAUUUUUGUCUUGUUAUCUUUAUCUUUAUCUAGAUAAAAAAUUACUUAUCUAAUCCCAACACUGCAGUUAUGUACCAUUUGGUGGUGAAGAAGUACCUCUGAAUGAUUAUGAAGUGUUGGUAGUUUAAAGCUAUCGGUAUUAACCAAAGAUGAAAGAAGUAUUACACAUUUUAAAAAUGGCAUGUUGAAUUUAUCGGAACUUAAGAAUUUUUUUUAACGCUUUAUUUAUACUUACAUUAUUUAUAAUUUUUUGAAAACAUUAAAUCUAUCACGGCAUUAACA